UCUAGGGACAAGCUUUUAAAUUCUUGUUUAACACAAAAGAAGGUUAUUUGCCGCAGAGUCAAAAUGUUUAGACAAGUUGUGGGCAUUAGUCUGGCAGUUCUGGUGUACUUUGUAGAUAUCUCCGUACCAUUUAAAAACGAAACAGUCGAAAGUAAUGUGACUAAUGCUGAUACAAAAUCAAUUUUUAUAUCUUCUCGUAAUCAUUUUACAGAUGAUGGCACCGAGUUGGCCACUGUGGACAAGAUAAAGACGCCCUGGAAUGUCUCUGACACGCAAGACGUGGAAAGUGUAAAGACGAACGUGGAAUAUGCAACUAACCGGGACUGUCCUCCAGUGGGUUUAGAAUCUCUGAGGGUAUCUGAUUAUCAGCUACAAGCUUCCUCAUCAUUGAACAUUGGCCUAGGCCCCCACCGAGGACGCCUUAACAUACAGUCAGGUUUAGAAGACGGUGAUGAGUAUGAUGGUGCGUGGUGUGCUGACCUGGAAGAUCAGGAGCAGUGGUUGCAGCUGGAUGCUCUGAGGGCAACACUCUUCACUGGGGUCAUUCUUCAGGGCAGAAACUCCAUCUGGCGCUUGGACUGGGUCAGUACUUAUAAAGUGCAGUUCAGUAACGACUCAGUGAUUUGGAUUCCCUGUAUGAAUGGAUCACAAGAGGCGGUGUUUGUGGGGAAUCAGGACCAGGAGACUCCAGUGUUGGCUCUGUUCCCUGAGCCCACAGUGGCCCAGUACAUCCGCAUCAAUCCACAGAGCUGGUUCAAAAAUGGGACUAUCUGCCUUAGGGCCGAAAUCCUGGGCUGCCCCCUAUCAGGUCCUGACCAUGAAUACAAUUGGAAGUCAGAGAGGGGUUCUACAGACAAAUUAGAUUUCAGACACCAUAAUUACAAUGAGAUGAGAAAGUUACUUAAGGCUGUGAACGAUGAGUGCCCUGACAUUACACGUAUCUACACUAUUGGAAAGAGUUACACUGGACUUAAACUCUAUGUCAUGGAGAUUUCAGAUAACCCAGGAAAACAUGAACUGGGUGAGCCAGAGUUUCGUUACGUUGCUGGGAUGCAUGGCAACGAGGCUCUUGGUCGGGAACUAAUGCUUAACCUCAUGCAGUACAUCUGCCAUGAGUACAAGCGAGACAAUCAGCGAAUAAUGCAGCUGGUGAAGGACACGCGCAUUCACCUCUUACCAUCCAUGAACCCUGACGGAUAUGAAGUAGCAUAUGAGAAGGGUUCUGAGCUUUCUGGCUGGAGUCUAGGUCGCUACAGCUUUGAAGGCAUUGACUUGAACCAUAACUUCCCCGACCUCAACAACAUCAUGUGGGAUGCUCAGGAGCUGGCGACAAACAAGAAGAGUGUCAGCAACCACUAUAUCCCUAUGCCGGAGUACUACACCACUACUAAUGCUACUGUUGCUUCAGAGACACGAGCAGUAAUAAGCUGGAUGCAGGACAUUCCAUUUGUCCUGAGUGCAAACCUACAUGGAGGGGAGUUGGUGGUUACAUACCCCUUCGACUGCACACGUGACUGGAUCCCACGUCAGGACACACCCACUGAAGAUAAUGACUUCUUUCGAUGGUUGGCAGCUGUCUAUGCUUCCGCCAAUCUGGUAAUGGCAAACCCUGAUCGCAGAAUCUGCCAUUAUGAAGACUUCCAGCAACACAAAAACAUUAUUAAUGGAGCUGACUGGCACACUGUACCAGGAAGUAUGAAUGACUUCAGUUAUCUGCACACUAAUUGUUUUGAAGUGACAGUAGAGUUGUCAUGUGAUAAGUUCCCUCAUGCCAGCGAGCUUCCUACUGAAUGGGAGAAUAACAAGGAGUCUCUGAUCCUCUACAUGGAGCAGGUCCACAGAGGAAUAAAAGGUGUGAUCAGGGACAAAGACACUAAAGAAGGCAUUGCUAAUGGAAUCAUUAAAGUAGCAGGUCUGGAUCAUGACAUUAGAUCGGCUGCUGAUGGCGAUUACUGGCGCCUGCUGAACCCAGGUGAGUAUAAGGUGAUUGUGUGGGCGGAGGGCUAUUUGCCCCUUGUCCGCCGCUGCUCGGUGGGCUCAGAAGCGCAGCCCACCAUCUGCAACUUCAGCCUCACCAAAACCCCACGUGAGCGCAUCAAGCAGAUCCUGGCCAGGGGCAGUAAGAUGCCCCGGGAUGAGAUGCUCCGGAUACGUGCCUUGCGCAUGCGCAAACUACGGGUGAGCACCAAGAUUCUAAACCGCCGUAGAGAGGAGCAGCAACGUCAUGCCAAGGCCAGGACGAAGUAACAGGUAGUGGGGUGUUCAGAGCGUUGAGAGAAGCCAGCCACUGCUCACACGGACAGAAUGGACAGACACAUGGAUGCGAUCGAGUGUGACCAAGAAGUGUUGGCUUAUUCUUACCAUACACACACUGCACAACUCACUGGACUGUAGAUACUCUCAUUUCUUACCACUGCUCCCUGGUGUAGCUGACCGUAGCCCCUAGGGUCAACAUGCUUUAAAAAUUACCUGGGUAAAAGAGUUCUGCUAGGCAGAUUUUUAAAAUGAGUUAUAAAGUGUCUUGGUGUCACAAUUAAGUUUGCCCAUCCCUGCUCUGCACAUACGGUCUACGCAUGACCAGCUUUUAAACACUGAAUGUUUUUACUGAUAUUGCAAAUGUCUCAUUCACUAGUAAACCUCUGAGAGUGUAACUGGCUUUCUACACACAUUUCUGCAUCAACUUAUAGCAAAACAUAUUAUUCACUCCAAGAAAAUUCAUCUGACACGUUGUCGUGAUUUACUAUAUCCAUCACCUUUAUGUAUUUGAAUAGAAAACUCUAAUGCCUGUAAUAGUUAGAUCUGAAAUAAAUCAUAUUGCAAAAUCAAAUAAGUUGAUGAAAAUAAUCACUUACAAAAACAAAAUCCACCUACUGCGGUAAGCCUAAAAGUGCCACCUAAAAAGACCUUUGUAAAGCACCUGGAUAUUUAAAGUCUGUUUAUAGCUGAUGAGGCAAUUCAGUUCUGUGUGGAGCCAGAAAAAACUACUGUGCAUAAGUACUCCAGUACUAGAAGUGCGAAACAGUUGUAAAGUGAAUGGAUAAAUGGAGUUAUUUCAUCUUUGAAAUCCUUAAGAUGUACAAAGAGACUUCUCAAACAAAGAAGGACCUAAACGACAGAUGUACUUUUUAAGUGCGAUGAGAAUGUUAGUUAUAUUUCAUUGAUUCAGAAUAAUAAACAUUUGCAAAUAACAAUUGGUUCUGAGCAGAAUACUAGAUACUUGUUCUUUUGAGUAUCAGAGAAUUAGUAAAAGAGAUAAAGCUGUGUGUACUAGCCUCAGACUUAACAGGAAUAGUUUUUAACAGGAAUUUUUUUUUUUUUGGGGGGGGGGGGGUGUCCUGGAAUAAUUCCUGCUCACACUACUCAUGUUAUGUGGGGUGGUGUCUCCACAAAGUUGAAAUGAAACCUAUGCCACUGCACUUAAAAAUGUUCCAGCUGUGCCCUAGCUCCAGAUGUUCUGCUGACAACCUUAGAAUCAACAGAUGUUUUGACCUCAUUAUUAUUAAUCAGAUAGAUGGGAAUAUAAUUUGGUUAUGUUCAACAUAAAACCAUCAAUUCUUAUUAGGUUACUGUCUGAUAUCCCAUUAUCAGAGAAACACAUCUUCCAUCCAAAUCCUGAAAAAAAUCUUUAUUGUUUUGUACCGCUGCAUCUUUAGUAGUUUUUUAGUACUAACAUAAACCAUUUUGUAAGUGAAGCAGAGCUGAACAGAGGAAUGUCUCGCCUCCAGAAUGACCCCACACACCCAGAUGUUUCAGCUAUUCAAUAAAUGUUAGAGGGGUUUGAACAAUGCUAGUAUUACUCUGAA